GAAAGCACAGCAGUGCAUGAUGGGGCGUUGAUUAACUUAUUCGUCUCCCAAAGCCACUCUGAAGCAUCAGAGGCACCAAAACAGCUGUAUGCUUAUCCGUAUGUCUUAUCCAAUCUGUACUCGUUAGUUAACUCUGUAUGACUAAAGUCUGUCAUAUGCUGGAAGGAUAAAAUAACGGUAUUUGAGCAAUACUUUAAAGGGGUCCUGAAACACUUUUCUAAGUAAUCAUAGCAUAUCAUCACUAUUAAAUUACGUCACCUCAAAAAUUUCCUCCCACAAAAGUUUUCGAAUCCUUAAAGGACAAGUGAAGUUAGACAUAAUUAUCGCACCGAUAAGUGGUUUUUUGUCUCCUUUCAUUUCCACUAGCAUGCUGGAAGCUGCACAGAGGAGUUGGCAAGGGGGCACAAGGAAGCAAUGCCCCGUUGCUGUCCGUAGGGUGAACGCAAGGCGGCUCGUGGCGGCCGCAAUUUCUACGCUGCGCUUUUCAUCUCUGAAGCCAUGCGCAGCAGCGUGCAGUCGUCAUGUUCAGCAAAGCAGUGCAAAGGUACCCGAAUAAGCUGUACAACAUUGCUGCAAGGUGCCUUGGUGAACCAGUACCCAGCCCUGAGGAACAGAUUGGACUCUGGCUAUAUGCAAAAGGCGUGAGCGCCAUCAUGGUUCUACCAUUUCUUGUCAAUGAGCGAGGGGACGACAUAUUCACAAAAAUGGUUAGAACUUUGAGCUGCUUACACGACCAAGUACACAGUACGCCAGGACAGGAGUUUGCCCACCCCACAUUGCUGUACACUGGUGACAACCGCAUCUCUUCCAAGGCCCUGUGUGUGAAGUGUGGAUAUGUAUGUGUAGAUGUAUUGGACUUCACUUCCGGUGUAACGGGGUUAAUUUUAUUUUCCAUGUACUGGGGCUUUCAACAUCGAAUACAUCAGCUCUGCGGAGCAGACACUCUCAUAGCUGCAACACAUGAUUGAAAUGAAAACGAAAAUGACAAAACUAGGCGCCAAGUCCCAACAGCUUUAAUAGCAUGGUUAACUGCUACAACUAACAAAAUCACAGCCAGUACUGAGCAGGCUGAGAAAUCUGACUAAGCUGCUAAAGUCGUCUUGAAAUGUACCUUCCUGUAUGCACUUAGCCUUUUUUGUUUCUUUUUUUUUAACGCUCCGGCUAUUUUGGUGUUCGUAGCCUUGGAUUAUGCAGCUGAGUAGUACUGCCAAUAGCUAGUCAAACCUCGAAAACUUUAUUGUGUUUAAAUGUUAUUCAUAGUUUUUGUAUUAUGGGGCAUAAAGCAAACACUCACCAAUGAUAUUUUAAAAAAUAAUGAAAUUACAAGAAAUUGUAUUUCGGAGCCAGUAUGGGUCCUUUGUUCCCAAAUGACAGCAGAGGCAAUGGUUUGGUUCUGUACAGGUGAGAUGGCGGAGAGCGCAUGCAUAGAUGACAGGCAGAUUAUCGUGUGUCCUUCCUAUCGCUUAGCAUGUCAUCUGAAUAUGCAGUGAUUUUAGUAGUAAUUGCGUCGGUAAUAUCGCAGUGGAAAUUAUGGAUGCCUAGUGCUAGUGUAUAGAAGGCCCUGUUUUCUCUUGGUGUUCGGAUAAUGCGUCGGAAAUAAGGUUGCUUUUAAAGAGAUAGUGCUUAUCCUGCUUUGGGUGCUUCUUAACAUUGCCAGAUUGACAGUGAAUUACAUUUUUUGCAUGUGAAUAUGUACAUGGAGCCAAGUUAGUUCAAUCUUCCAAAGGGGUCCUUCAUGUACACCAGUUCAUCACAUAGCUUGCUGGAAGGGACAUGUGCCACCCAACCAUUGCAGUCAUUCAACACUCUGGCAAAAGUCUUGCUCAUGCCACAUGCAUACAGGAUGGUAGCACGCUUGCUUUUCUUGCUCACCACUUAGCGGAUGGGCGCUGAGGCACGAUGUUCUUGCUCACUUGGCAGUUUUAGCGGCUGGCCAUUACAUUGCGUGUCAUUUAGCAUCAAGAUCAACUCUGCUUUUUGCCUUGUAUGACUUGAGCAAAGACUGAAAAGCGAGGUUACUAGUGAUGAGGCGGCCAACCUUUGUGGCCCUUGUGGUGUACAGAAAGAACAUCUAGGUAUUUUGACAUGUGUGGGUUUGCGAUGAACCCUGGUGGCAAGGCCAUUGGUGAUUCGUUCCUUGAGAACAUCAAUGGAUGCAGUGUACCUCUUCUCUCAAGCUCUUCGUGUGCUGUAAACUGAUGCUUUCCUUACAAAGUUUAGUGCUUUUUGUGAUUGCUAUAUGUACUCUCGCUAAAGGUCACUGUGAUGUGCGCAUAUUUUAUUGAAUAAAAUUUGUACAUGUUUU